AUGUCUAUCACUCAAACCACCCAGAUUGUUCAUCUCAAUACCCCAACCUAUUUUCCCAUUAAGUUAACUACUACCAAUUUCCCAAUAUGGAGGAAUCAAGUUGAGUCUACUCUCAUUGACCUUGAUGUUAUUGGCUAUGUUGAUAGUAGUGUCUCAGACAAUCUACAACCAGUUAUCUCCUCUGCUUCUUCAGUUGUACAUGCUUGGUCACGCUUAGCAACCUGUUGUGUUGCCUCUUCCAGAAGCUGCAUUGUCUCAUUGAAGGCAAAGCUUGCAAAAACUCCAAGAGGGAAUCGCUCUAUUGAUACCUACAUACGCGACAUACGUGUUGUCGCGGAUGAUUUAGCCCUUGCCCAAAAUCCGAUUAGUGAAGAGGAUCUAGUUGUUCAUAUCUUUAUUGAACUAGGUGAUGAAUACAAUCCUAUUGUUGCUGCUGUCCGUGUGCGGACUACACCAAUCUCCUUUUGUGAAUUAAGUUAUGUUCUUACUGAUUAUGAAUGGUUGUUAAAAGACAAUGAGAGUUCCCAGCCACCAGUCCCUAAUUGCUACAACAAAUGCCACUCAAUGCCGAUUUAA